AUGUUGUCGAGUGUCGACCCAGUCAAACUGGAGCGAAUCCUGAAAGAAGGGGUGGACAAUGGUGCACUCCCUGCAUCCUUCGUUGCGAUUGGCGAUGCAGAGGGGAACUUGAUUUCAUGCGCAGCCGGAAACAGACUCUUAAACAAUCCAGCCAGUGGAAGCAUCGGGGACGACACGAUCUUUUGGAUUUGCAGUCAGACAAAGCUUGUCACCUCUAUCGCUUUACUACAAUUGGUAGAGGCUGGCAAGAUCUCUCUUGACACACCAGUGGCUCAAGUGCUUUUCGAACUAAGAAACCCGGUUCUUGUUUUGGCGCAUGAUGAAUCCGGAAAAAUCGCCUCCACAGCUCCAGUCCGAGGAAACAUCACUAUGGGCCAGCUGCUCAAUCACACAAGCGGACUCGACUAUUCUAUCGAUGGCAAGCAAGACACGACCGCACCCUGGUUCGGUGUGCAUGCGACCUUCACCCACAACUACACGGGUGACGGAAUCCAGAAAUUUUUCGAGCUUAUCAAGGGAGACUUGCCCGGCGUGCCAUUGCGGUUUGAACCUGGUUCAGACUGGGCAUAUGGCUUUGGUCACGAUUGUGCUGGCUUCGUUGUCGAGCGACUUUCAGGCAAGUCCUUGGAACAGUACUUCCAGGACCACAUUUUCUCUCCUCUCGGGAUUACAACUGCCUCCUUCAAGCUGUCCCAAGCGACGAAAGAAAAGCUUAUGCAGCUAUCGUUACGCAAAGCUGAUGGCAGCAUGGAAUUGUUGGACAUCCCUUCCUUCCACGACGAGCAGUCCACGGUCCAUUUCGGCGGUCUCGGCUUGUAUUCAUCCCAGAAAGAUUAUACGCGGCUCCUUCAACACUUGCUACAGAUUAAAUUGGGCAAGGCGACCAAGCCGAUUCUUUCGCAGUCGUCAGUCGAUUCGCUUUUCAUACCGACAUUGACUUCCGCUGGCGCUGCUAAUAAUAAUAAUAAUAAUAAGCCCAUAUGGUCCCAUAUGUGGGUACUGGGUGACGACAAACGAGGGUGA